AUGGUCAGCUCCUGUUGUGGCUCUGUCUGCUCUGAGGAGGGCUGUGGCCAAGGCUGCUGCCAGCCCAGCUGCUGCCAGACCACCUGCUGUAGGACCACCUGCUGCCGCCCCAGCUGCUGUGUGUCCAGCUGCUGCAGACCCCAGUGCUGCCAGUCUGUGUGCUGCCAGCCCACCUGCUGUCGCCCCAGCUGUUGCAUUUCUAGCUGCUGCAGGCCUUCCUGCUGCCGCCCUAGCUGCUGUGUGUCCAGCUGCUGCAGGCCUCAGUGCUGCCAGUCUGUGUGCUGCCAGCCCACCUGCUGCCGCCCCAGCUGCUGCAUUUCCAGCUGCUGCAGACCUUCCUGCUGCCGCCCCAGCUGCUGUGUGUCCAGCUGCUGCAGGCCCUCUUGCUGCAUCUCCAGCUGCUGUCGCCCCUGCUGUCGUCCCUGCUGUGGUAGUUCUAGCUGUUGUGGAUCCAGCUGCUGCCGCCCCACCUGUUGCAUUUCUAGCUGCUGCAGGCCUUCUUGCUGCCGCCCCAGCUGUUGUGUGUCCAGCUGCUGCAGACCCCAGUGCUGCAUCUCCAGCUGCUGCCGCCCCACCUGUUGCCAGACCACCUGCUGCCGCCCAGCAUGCUCUAGUGGCUCUUGCUGCUGA